CAGAGGGGGGGUUUUUGUGGUGCAGAAAUUCUUCAAGCUUUUCGCUGCUCCAAUGCUGGCCCCCCCAGUGCCCCCACCACACCCACCGCCCCACCAAGUCGGGGUGCCCCGUGGGGAACUCCGGCCUUUCUAGUAUAUGGACCCCCGCCUAUACCUACCUCGCUCUACUUUUUACCCACGCUUACCUACCACCACCUAGGCAAACCAAACACAAAUGGUGCUCAUCAACAUCGCAUACACGGCCCCGAUCAACCGGCCAGGCCAGCAUCCCGUCCUCACAACCCCGCAAGUCUGGGCCGGCCUGGUGCGCAAAGUCCGCCAUGCCCAAGAGUUCGUGCCCGUGAUCGAGUCCUGCGCCGUAGCCUCCGAGGAGACCAACGCCGCCGGCCAGCUCGUCGUCACCCGCCAUGUCAACUUUGGCCAGGCCGCCCCUGUGCCCGGGAGCGGAGGGGAGGGAGGCGAGGUCGAAGAGGUCUGCACCUUGUUCCCGCCGCACAGGGUCGACUUUGUGCAGGACGACGGCACCAGGGUGUGGAACCACGUCAGCCAGGGUCCCGGCAAGGACGGGGAGGACCUGUACCUGACCUAUGUCUUCGAGGCGAGGGUCGAGGACGGCUCUCCAGACGCGGCAGCUCUCGAGGAGAGGUUCAAGAUGACCGCCAAGAGGGCCGUGGAAAGUUCCAUCGAGACCAUCAGACGGCUGGUCAGCGAGGGGAAGCUUCAAAGUAUCACCUAGUGUAUCGUGUAAAAUCUCCUGAAAUUGGCAACAAAAUAGCUUCACUAUGCACAACCCGCUUGCUCUGCCUGCCUUGCUUGGUCUAUGAUAUGGUCUACACGCCUCGUGAGGCAUCCCAGGGUAUCCGUAUUCCGUAAAAAAUAAAAACAACAACAUCUGUCAUCAAUCAUGUCACAUUCACAUCG